AUGGAACCUUGUUUUACCAUCGAAGAGUGUACGGUGGUAUUUGAAGGCACCGAGAUGGCGCUCGAGAGGGCUCUUGUGAAGAAUGACCCUUUCCUCAGAGCCUACAAAAGAGACGGAUUUGUCAAAACGCUCGACGGCCUGGACAAAGUCUACAAUUUUCUCUUGCCUCGGAGAAUAUUUGUUUACGUUCUCCGACAGAGACGCUUUGUGGCAGUGGACACACUGUCACUGAAGCAUAUCGAGCAACGCCCCGCCAUAUUCGACGAGUUGAGAAUCGAGAGUGGUCACAAGAGCAUCAUUCAGUCUCUAGUAGCGGAACACUUUGAGAAGCGCGAACGCAAUCGGCAACAACCCAUUCUCGGCUCGAAAUACUACCACGAGGAUGUCAUCCGCGGGAAGGGCUCCGGCCUCUCGAUUCUUCUGCAUGGUGCGCCUGGCGUGGGGAAAACUGCUACUGCUGAGGCCGUUGCCCAGGACUACAACAAACCUUUAUUCGCAAUUACCUGCGGAGACCUAGGUUUCAUGCCCGAUGUCGUUGAAGAAAAGCUUAACGACAUUUUCCAGCUUGCUCACCUGUGGGACUGUGUACUGCUUCUCGAUGAAGCCGACGUUUUCCUUGCACAGAGGGACACCCAAAGUCUACAGCGCAACGCCUUGGUCUCAGUAUUUCUUCGAAUAAUGGAGUACUACAAAGGCAUCAUGUUUCUGACGACUAAUCGCGUUGGUGCUCUUGACGAAGCCUUCAAGUCUCGAAUCCACAUCAGCCUUUACUAUGCUCAUCUGUCAAGGAAUCAGACGAUCGAGAUCUUUCGUGCCAAUUUCAACAGACUCAAGAGGAACGAGGAGGAAAAACAAAAGUAUCUUCUUGAGAUCGGUUCAAAGGCUCCUGCGCUCUUGAUCAAGCGUUCGAAAAUAAUGGAGUACGUGAAGUGGUACUAUGACGAGCAAAGCGCAACACCCCAUCGACGAUGGAAUGGCCGGCAGAUUCGCAACGCCGUACAUGUCGCCUUCUCACUGGCCAGCCGGGAGAUGCGGGAGAAGUCCAGGCUUGCCUCUGCUACUGACGACGAAAUCCCCAUUAUUCUCGACGAGACGCAUUUUGACCGGGUGGCCGAAGCAACUGAACGCUUUGGAAACUACAUGGACUACGCGAGAGCUAUGACUGACGCGGAUCGCGCAAGGCUCGAGAAGAUCCAUACCGAACAUCUGAACUUAUCCUGCGUCUGCUUCGGCGCGCAGAAGAUUCGUUUUGAAACCCGUCCCAUCCCUCAGAUCCAAGAUCUUCAUGAUGUCUUGAUACGGGUUUCUUUUGUUGGUGUUUGUGGCAGCGACGUCCACUUCUGGCAGCAUGGCGGCAUGUCGAGAAAGGCUUCCGAGGACGCACCCAUUGUCAUGGGCCAUGAGGCUUCGGGCGUAGUCCACUCCGUCGGCCCUGCCGUCACAAGCCUCAAGCCCGGAGAUCGCGUUGCCAUCGAACCUGGGUUCCCGUGCCGUCGGUGCCGCCACUGCAAGUCGGGCAGAUACAAUCUUUGCGGCCAGAUGCGGUUUGCUGCAGAUCCUCCCCAAGACGGCACUCUGGCUCGAUUCUUCAGGAUCCCCGAGGACUUUGCUUACAAAAUCCCCGAUUCGCUGAGCUUAGAGGAGGCCGUUCUGGUCGAGCCUCUGGGUGUCGCCGUUCACGUCAGCCGUCUUGCUUCUCUCAAGCCCGGACAAAGCGUGCUCGUCCUGGGCUGCGGGACUAUCGGCCUUCUGACCGCUGCUGUUGCGCGGGCGUUUGGAAUCAACAAGGUAUAUAUGGCAGAUAUCAAAGACUCCAAAACGGAGUUUGCCAAACAGUUCGUGGAUUGCACCACGUUCAUGCCGGACUUGAAGGCCACACCGACAGAGAACGCCGAUAGAUUCCGGAAAGAAACGGGCUUGACUGACGGCGUCGAUGUUGUGCUCGAAUGCACGGGUGUCGAGAGCUCUGCUCAACUGGGCAUCUACGCCCUCCAAUCCGGAGGAACCUACAUCCAAGUGGGAAUGGGACAGCCUCUGCAGGCUCUGCCCCUCUUGGCCAUGUGUGACAAAGAGAUCACGUUGAAGGCCUCAUUUAGAUACAGCGUUGGAGACUAUGAGCUUGCACUCGAGAUGCUGGCGUGCGGAAAGCUUACGGUCAAGCCUCUUAUUAGCAGCAUCGUGCCAUUUGAGGAUGCCGUGGGAGCUUGGGAAAAGACUCUCAGAGGCGAGGGGAUCAAGAACUUGAUCCGUGGGGUUCCAGAGUGA